AUGGAUUCUCGCCCAAAAAUACUAAAAUCUCCCUUGCAGGAGCUCGUGCUUCUAGGGACUGUGUGCUUGGGCCAGUUUUUGUCCCAGGGCUCGAUUUCUAUGUCUCUCAGUACAAUGAACAUCAUUCAAGAGUACUUUGAGGAAAAAGGGUCCGGCCUGAACUCGCAGAAGGUUUGGUACAUGGGCUCAUACGCAUUAACGCUCGGCUCGUUUAUCUUGGUGUCGGGCCGACUAGGCGACUUGUUUGGUCUCCGAAAAAUCUUUGUCUUUGGCUGGUUUUGGGCUGCUCUAUGGUCCUUGGUUACGGGCUUGUCGUACUUUUCUGAGUCCAGCAUCUUAUUUAUCAUCUGCAGAGCAUUUCAAGGCAUAGGUUUCGCGUUGAUCAUUCCGUGCGGUGUGGGCAUUCUCGGAACAACAUAUCCCAAUGGCAAGCGGAAGAACUUUGCCUUUGCCUUUUUCGCUUCUGCUGCCCCCGUUGGAGCGUCUCUUUCAUGCUUAAUGUCUGGAAUGUUGGCCCAGCUCGCGCGCUGGGACUGGGCAUUUUACUGUCUCGCCAUUGCCUGUGCAAUUUUGGGCUCUCUUUCCAUCUACGCCAUCCCGGGCCCUUUCAGACACCACAACUAUACGCUAAAGGAGGCUUUUGCACGCUUUGAUACAUGGGGCGCUCUAUUGGGUGUGGCAGGGUUGGUGAUUCUUAAUUUUGUCUGGAACCACGGCCCCGUUGUUGGAUGGCUGACACCAUACAUUAUAGUUCUAUUGGUGCUCAGCGUUGUGCUCUUGGCGCUGUUCUUCUCUUACGAGCUACUUUUCGCCUCGGUGCCCCUCUUGCCUCGUUCGGUUUUUAAUUUACGUAUCGGUUUGGUUCUUGCUUGCAUGUCGCUUGGAUGGGGUCUGUUUGGUGUCUGGCAAUAUUACUACUGGAGUUUCAUGAUGGGAUUCCGUCACUACACGCCUGUUGAGACGGCUUUAACAUACAUGCCGUUGCUAAUCCUUGGUGUGGUUGCCGCUCUUAUUGUGGGCCACUUCAUGUCGAAGCGAACGGCACCUUACAUUAUAUUUGCGUCCAUGUGUGGCUUCCUAGGGGGAUGUUUGUUUCUUGAGUUUCUCCCCGUCCACCAAAGUUUCUGGCAUUUGUCGUUUGCGCAAAUGUUCUUGCUUCCCUGGGGUAUGGACUGCUCUUUUCCUGCAGCGUCGUUAAUUCUUUCGGAUUUCCUUCCGGAAGAGCAUCAGGGAAUGGCUGGAUCCUUGGUCAACACCGUGGUGAACUACUCGGUGUCUUUUUUUCUUGCUGUUGCUAGCACGGUGGAGAUAGAGGUUCACAAGAGGAACAACGAUGUAUUGUCGAGCUACCGUUCGGCAGUUUACUUGGGGGUGGGUAUUGCCGGGCUAGCUGUGCUAGUGGCUGUGGUGUUCAUAUUUGUCGAACACGGAGAGCACAAGAAAAUUGAAGAAAGCGACUAG